AUGGCCCAGUUCGAUACCCUCAUGGCAAAGGCCAAGGUUUACCUCGCAAAGGAUCCUCGAUUCUUCAAUGAGUGUAACUCGCAUGCGGACAGGUUGGAUUUAUGGUACGCGCAGUGCUGGCAGCCGAAGCACCCAGAGUUACCCAUCAUCCAAUGGGAUAUUCCUUCCUCCCGCGCACUUGCUACCGUCCUUGGCGCAUAUCUGCUGUUUCUUUGCGAGAUCGCCCAGCCGUCCAACCCUUCGGGCACAAUUCGCAGCACCACUUUGAGGCAUUGGACCAUGCUUGUCCUCUUUCUUGCCGGCUACAACAUUGUGGGCGUGAAGGGAGGCGGGAGGAACCCCGCUGUUGUCCACGGGGUGCUUCCCGACAAAUCCGACUCGCUGUGGUCCCUGCUCGUCCAGACGUGGACGCCCCUGCUCGUCCGAGACCUCCAACUCGAGCAACGCGCGUCCCCGCUGCAGUUCUGGGGACCCGACGAACUCACACUGGUGUGCCGAGCCAUCGAUGCGCGGAUUCUUUCUGGCCCCCCUCGGAUACGCGCGUCCCUCCUCCAGUUCAAGGCGGCAAACCAGUUUCUACUGGCCACGGGCAACCGCACAGGCAUCGCGGCCUUCACCUCUUUCCGCCAUCAGGGAAAUGAGAAAAGGUUUACCGAAGAGGGAAAGAUCACCAUUUUCCAGACGGCACGGGGCCACUACGACGUGGAGGUAGACCUCGAGUACCUCAAGAGGUUCAGUUGGGAGGACAACCUUAACGACGACUUCUGUCCACGCAUCCACUCCGUCACCAAGGCCAGCAACGUGCAGCUUGAGUUCGCCACCACCAUUAUCCCUAUCCUUGUCCAGCGGAAGGUCGUCUACGUGAAACGCAACCGACAACGGGUCUUCUUCAACGACAUUGAAGAGUUUAUCUCGGCAGAAGACGCCGUCAUGUACGUAGCGAACACUCGACUUCCUCUUUUCCGUGCGUUUGAUAAGAAGGGCAACCUUACAGAUCGCGUUCUGGCCAACCGCACGUUCGUCUCCAACCUUGACGCCAUUGCUCUUGACGCGAAUCUCCCGGGGGCAAUGGCAGUUAGCUAUCGUCAUGUCGCGAGCGAUCUCGCACAGAUUGCACGCCCCAAUCAAUCCGAGCAAGCCGCUGUUCUCAACCACGACGGCCGUUAUUCCGGGGGUGGCACCGACAUGGCGGGUCAGCGGCGUAGCGCCACUGCUGCAACUCACGCCCUUAUCAAGAUGAUGCGUGAAGGCGCGUCCGGACGGGCGAAUGCUAUCCCAACGGAGGAGGAGCGUGCGGAAUUUUUGGCCCAGGACAGCCAGUACAUGACGCGUCUCGAAGAGCUUCAGAAGUGCUCAAACGAGAUAGAGUCGGCGACUUCCGAAGGGCGCGAAUAUGACGAGGAGACGGUCUUCCGCCUACGCGACGAGCUUAGUGUAUAUCGUCGCAGUCUCUUGGCUAAACUUGUUCGCCAAAAGGAGAAGGCCGCCAUCGAGGUUCUGCGGACGGAAAGGCCCGAGACGAGUCUGGCCGACGUCGCGCUGGCGCGGUCUGCCCUUGAUGUUUUACGUGACGCUCCGGCGCUCCUCGUUGACACGACGAUGAGCGGGGUGACCACCCUCUUCGAAGACCUGCGGCGCUCAUGGGAGACCGUCCCGUUUGACCGCAACCCGGCUGGUCCUUUCGACCACCCUCUGUGGUCCAACCUUGUGGAACCAAUGGUCGAAUCCCGGAUCAGUGGCACUGGGGUCACAUUCGUCGAGGACGUUCUUGAAUCCGCAGAAGCUGUUUUCCGCUCCAACUCUGGGCGAUCGAGGCCGUUUUCCCAGGAGGAUGAAGAUCGUAACCAGCCGCGCAACGACGAGGGUUUUGAACUCGAACUGUGGCACGAUUUUGACGAGAUCGGCGAAACUGACUUAUCCUCGACAGUCGAAGCACGACUCGCCCUUCUGCGUGCCAAUGCCGCCAUUCUAGAAGCUACAUCCUAG